GAGAUGAGAAAGCACGCAGCGUCGCGGGCUGUAAAGGGCAUUCCCGUGUUAAAGUGUAACCAGCUUCUAAUUGCUACUGUUUUGGGUGUAACGGAUAACAGGACCGCUGUGUGACAUCUAUUGCGGAGACAGAAAAGGAAACAGGAAGAAGACAAGAAGAGCCACCAGACAAGAGAGAGAGAGAGUAUAUGUGAGUGAGUGUGUGUGUGUGUGUGUGUGUGUGUGUGUGUGUGUGUUUGGAAGUGAAAGAUCAGCCAGACCUGCGUGUGUGUGAGGCGAGCCUUAUGAGCUGCAGCUGUGGGUGUGUGUGGUAUGGAACAUGAAAGCACCCCAACGCAAGAGGCUUCUCCUGCCCCUGCCCCUGCCCCUGCAUCUGCCCCUGCAUCUGCCCCUGGUCACGCAUCUGCCCCUGCGGGCCCGCGGUUCUGUGUGGAGCGGGACGUGUACAGUGAGACCCAGUUGGACUCGGAGGUUCUGCACAGACGGGACCACGCCCCUAAGAGCCUCUGCCAGAGAGUCGCCGAGCAUGUGCGGUGUUCCCCUGAGCGUGUGAAGGCCGGAGCGCGGAGCCUGUUGCCCAUAGUGACGUGGUUGCCGCGGUACCCUGUGAAGGACUACCUGUUUGGGGACCUGGUGUCUGGCCUCAGCACUGGAGUCAUGCAGCUCCCACAGGGUCUGGCGUAUGCCAUGUUGGCUGCGGUUCCUCCAGUGUUUGGUCUCUACUCCUCUUUCUACCCCGUCCUGCUCUACACCUUCUUUGGGACCUCCCGCCACAUCUCUAUAGGAACCUUCGCUGUGAUUAGUCUGAUGAUAGGGGGCGUGGCCGUGAGGGAAGCCCCGGACUCCAUGUUCUAUGUUCCGGGCAACGGAACCAACACCACGGUUCUAGACGUGGACGCAAGAGACGCCAGAAGAGUCCAGCUGGCAGUGGCCCUCACUACUCUAGUGGGACUCAUCCAGCUGCUGCUAGGUGUGCUGCGGUUCGGCUUCGUGGCGAUCUACCUGACGGAGCCUCUGGUGCGCGGAUUCACCACGGCGGCAGCUGUGCACGUGUUCGUCUCCCAGCUCAAGUACCUACUGGGCAUCAGGACCCAGAGAUACAGUGGACCCCUGUCUGUAGUGUGGAGUUUGGGGGCGGUUCUGCAGGACAUCAGCAGCACUAAUCUGAGCACGCUGCUGGUGGGCGGAGUCUGCAUGGUCUUCCUGUACGCCGUCAAAGAGGCCAACGAGCGCUUCAAGAAGAAACUGCCCGUACCCAUCCCUGGAGAGAUCAUCGUGGUGAUGGUGUCCACGGGAAUCUCUUACGGAAUGAGCUUGUUUCAAAACUACCAGGUGGCUGUGGUAGGCACGAUUCCCACAGGGCUCCUCCCUCCCGCCCUGCCUGACCCCACCCUCUUCUCCAAGGUGGCAACCGACUCCGUUGCCAUAGCGAUCGUGGGCUUCUCCAUGGGUAUAUCGCUGGCCAAGAUCUUUGCCAUGAAGCACGGGUACAGUGUGGAUGGCAACCAGGAGCUGAUUGCGUUGGGCAUCUGUAACUUCGUCAGUUCGUUCUUCCAGACGUUCGCCAUCACUUGCUCCAUGUCCCGCAGCCUCGUACAGGAGAGCACAGGGGGAAAGACCCAGAUUGCUGGGCUGCUGUCGUCUUUGAUCGUGCUCUUGGUUGUCGUGGCGAUUGGCUUCGUGUUUGAACCUCUUCCCCAGACAGUUCUGGCUGCCAUCAUUAUGGUGAAUCUGCAAGGGAUGUUUAAGCAGUUCAGAGACAUUCCCACACUCUGGAGGACCAGUCGCAUAGAGCUGGCGAUCUGGAUCGUGGCGUUUGUGGCGUCGGUGCUGCUGGGACUGGACUAUGGGCUCAUGGUGUCCAUAAGCUUUGCCAUCCUCACCGUCAUCUACCGCACACAGAGCCCUAAGAGUAUGAUCCUUGGACAGGUCCCAGACUCUGGACUUUACUAUGAUGUAGAUACAUAUGAGGAGUGUGCGGAGAUCUCAGGGAUUAAAAUCUUCCACAUGAACACCUCCAUCUACUUCGCCAACAGUGAACUCUACGUGAGCGCCCUCAAGCAGAAGACGGGUGUGGACCCCACUGUGCUGCUCCACGCCCGUAAGUCUCGGGAGAAGAAACUGAGGAAGAGUCAGGACAGAACACCAGAGAUGAAGAGCACCGUCGUCAAACUGCAGGAUGUGGAGGAGGGCGUGUCCCAUGAGAUAGUGGGCGGGUCUGGUGUGCCAUUGGCUGUCCAGGCUAACGGACAGGUGAACGAGAGCCAUACGGACGGCGUUGCCAAGGAGACGGACGCGCUGACCGGCUUCCCGGAGCGUGAGGGGGCGGAGCUAGUGUACGCCAUCGUGCUGGACUUCACACCCGUCAACUUCAUCGACUCCGUAGGGGCCAAAGCCAUCAAGUCUGUGGUCAAGGAGUUUGCUGUGGUGGACGUGAGUGUGGUCAUCGCGGGCUGCAACCGUACGGUGCUGUCUCAGCUGCGGUCGCUCCAGUUCUUCGGCGAGGUCGCGACCCCUGACCUCGUGUUCCCCACCAUCCACGACGCUGUGUUGCACUGCCGCUGGCGCCACCGCUCACUGCUGCUGGGCCAAUGAGAUCGCAGGAACACGCCCACACGCUCCUGCUGGGCCAAUGAGAUCGCAGGAGCAAGCGCACACGCUCCUGCUGGGCCAAUGAGAGUGCGGGAGCGCGCCUGACAGACAGGACUGUGAGCCAGCAGGACUGAGACGAUUGGUGGAGAGCUGGAGGGGGAGGGGCUGCGGAAGCCAACGCCCCCUUCCUCUGACAUUCCAGAAGCGCACGGCAUUGUGGUCAGCUCCGGCCUGACUGGCCAGGACGAGGGAAGCCAUGACGCAGGACGUGUGUGUGUGUGUGUGUGUGUGUGUGUGUGUGUGUGUGUGUGUGUGUGUGUGUGUGUGUGUGUGUGUGUGUGUGUGUGUGUGUGUGUGUGUGUGUGUGUGUGUGUGUGUGUUAAUCACAUGUGUUUUUUAAUCAUAGUGAUUGUCCUAGACUGCACAGUGUAGGUCUCCAGAGUGUAGUAUUUGCUGCGGGCCACCAGGGGGGGUGAGUGGGCAGAAGGGUGACCAGGCCCUCCGCUCACCUGCUGUCGGUACUGGCAGCUCCCACUAGGGGGCGCUCUGGUUGGCCAUUUGUAUGAGUGCUCUUGGGCCAGUUCCUCCUCUAUCAUGUGCUCUGCCACAAGAGUAGCUCUCUCUCUCUCUCUCUCAGACACUGUAUUGUGAUUAAAGCCAUAACUAGAUGGCCUCUCUCUCUCUCUCUCUCUGUGUUCUAUCAGACACUGUAUUGCUGUAAAAGCCAUUAUUACUGUAGAUGGCCAUUGUCUUUGUGCCUGGAUGAGAUUUUUAUCAUUCUGCUGCUGAGUGCGUGUGUGUGUGUGUGUGUAGGUGAUUUGACAGUGGUAUACAAAAUGCUGUUAUUCAGCAUCACCAGCUGUGUGUGUGUGUGUGUGUGUGUGUGUGUGUGUGUGUGUGUGUGUGUGUGUAUCAGCUCUCUGAGUCUGCUGUGCUGUAGAGUUCUAUGUACUAGUUCAUCGACAUACAUUUAUUCAACAUUUGCCAAAUCUCCCUCUUCCCACAGUCACUAGUGUGCAGCUUUUGUGUGUACUAUGUGUGUGUGUGUCUAUGACCUCAGGGGUGUGUGUGUGUGUGUGUGUGUGUCCGUAGCUGUGCCUGCCCGGGGUGGACACACCAGCUCAAGUGAGCCACCUGUUGAAACUGGCCGUCACUUCAGGCCCAAUCAGAAGUGCUCUUUCAGAAUCAGAAGUAUUGUACCACUUUUCCCACAAAAUCAUCCACAAUAAUCCCAAAAUCAUCCAAAAUAAUCCCAAAAUCAUCCCAGAAUAAUCCUGACUUUGGAGCUCUCAGAUGCUGCCGUCAUCAUUCACCUCAUGAGCCGUACUGUUCCGUCACUAUGGUCACACUCAUUCUGCUCUUCUGUUACUAUGGUCACACUCAUUCUGCUCUUCUGUUACUAUGGUCACACUCAUUCUGCUCUUCUGUUACUAUGGUCACACUCAUUCUGCUCUUCUGUUACUAUGGUCACACUCAUUCAACUCUUCCGUCAUUAUGGUCACACUCAUUCUACUCUUCCAUCACUAUGGUCAUUCAACUCUUCCAUCACUAUGGUUACUCAUUCUGCACUUCUCAGCUGUAUCAAGUUGUGUGUUUUCUUCUGUCAAUAAAUGUGUCUGCAGUAAAAGUC